ACGAAGAAGAAGAAGGAACUCUGAAGCGCGGAUGGCGUGACCGUGGUCUGUCCGCCGGACCGCACGGACUCUCACGGUUUACCGGAUCAGAACCGAUUGAACGGAUCCGUCUUCCUGCUGCCGGACUGGUUCAGACGGUUUCUUCUCAGGUGACGCAGCAUGUUUGGUGCUAACAGGAAGAAGUUCAUGGAGGGGGGGCUGGACAGCGACUACACGGACGAGUCGGGCCUCUACUACAGCCAGCAGUCCAUGUUCCCUCACCGGACCGACAAAGACAUGCUGACGUCUUCCUCCUCUUCGUCCACCAGUCAGCUGUCCCAGCUGGGAGCCAGUUUGUACGGCCCUCAGAGUGCGCUCGGGUUUCCCAUGCGAGGGAUGAACAGCAGCGCCGCGCCUCAGCUCAGUCGGAGCGGGCUGAACCAGUCUGCCAGCCAGCUGCCCAGUCACACCAGUACCCCCAACUCCAGCUCGCUGCACACGCCGCCCUCACCCAGCAGGGGGAUCCUGCCCAUAAGCAGCCGGAGCGUCCUAAACCACAACCAGCAGGUGGGCGGUCCGACGGGUCAGACGAGUGGGUUAGGAGGAGGAGAGAGAGGAGGGAGGAGCGGUACCAUGGGGAGUCCCAGCCGGUCGUCUCCGAGCAUCAUAGGGAUGCCCAAACAGCCACAGUCGAGGCAGCCGUUCACAUUUAACAGGAAUCCAGGCUUCAACAUGAACAGCUCUUUAUCCAGCAACAUCUUUAACGGCACAGACGGCAGUGAGAAUGUGACGGGUUUGGACCUCUCCGACUUCCCAGCGUUAGCUGACCGGAGUCGGAGGGACGGAAGUUCGAAUUGUGCCCCACAGCACAACCCGCUGGCCGGCCGGGCGCCCUAUGUCGGCAUGGUAACGAAGCCAUCUAACGAGCAGACGCAGGACUUCUCCAUCCACAACGAGGACUUCCCCGCUCUGCCUGGGCCAAACUACCAAACGAAAGACCCCACCAGCGCCAGCGAAGACAGCAAAACGAACUUGAACUCAUCAGGAAAGACCUCGUCGAGCUCGGACGGCCCAAAGUUUCCGGGCGAUAAGAGCUCAGCUCCGAGCAACAACAACCAGUCGAAGAAAGGGAUUCAGGUUCUUCCUGACGGCCGGGUUACCAACAUCCCCGUCGGCAUGGUAACGGACCAGUUCGGAAUGAUCGGCUUGUUGACGUUCAUCCGGGCGGCGGAGACGGACCCCGGCAUGGUCCACCUGGCGCUGGGCUCGGACCUGACCACGCUCGGCCUCAACCUCAACUCACCGGAGAAUCUUUACCCAAAGUUUGCGUCUCCGUGGGCGUCGGCGCCGUGUCGGCCGCAGGACAUCGACUUCCACGUCCCCUCAGAAUAUCUCACCAACAUCCACAUAAGGGACAAGUUGGCAGCCAUCAAGUUGGGUCGGUACGGAGAAGAUCUGCUGUUUUACCUCUACUACAUGAACGGAGGAGACCUGCUACAACUGCUAGCUGCAGUAGAACUUUUUAACAGGGACUGGCGGUACCAUAAAGAGGAGCGGGUCUGGAUCACCCGGGCCCCUGGGAUGGAGCCCACGCUGAAGACCAACGCCUACGAAAGAGGGACCUACUACUUCUUUGACUGUCUCAACUGGAGGAAAGUGGCCAAGGAGUUUCACCUGGAAUACGACAAACUAGAAGAGCGACCCCACGUUCCCUCCACCUUCAACUAUAACCCCGCCCAGCAGGCCUUCUGAUUGGCUCCACCUCCUUCCUGCCUGGCUGUCAUUGGCCCUCCUGAACUGUCAAUCACACACGCCCCUCCCCCUGUGAGGUUUUCCCUCCACCACACUGAAAUGACAACUACUUCAUUCUUUUCCCUCCAUUUUAUUUAUUUUUGUUUUGUUUGUUCAGCACUGAGUAAGUUUCCGCCUGACCGAGUGAUUCUUCUUGAAACUGCCUCUGAAGAAUUAUUAUUUUUUCUAAAGAAGCUUUUAAUAUAAAAUGAAAACCAGGUUUUAAAGAUUGAAUCACUCGUCAGGAGGGAGAAUUAUUUCCUUCAGUUUAAAAACAGACUGGAGAGGAUAAACUUCAUGCUCGUAAAAAACAAGUAAAUUACUUUUUCUUUUUUUGUUCUUUUACGUUGUGAAAACACUUCUUGUGUUUCCUGUUUUAUUCCCAAACAGUUUUAAUAUUAAUUUUUUAAAAUCUUUUAGUUUUUAUUGUCAACAAAUCAAAAAGAUGUUUCUACAUCUUUUUAUUAUUUUAGCUUCAAACUGAAGAUUUGUUAUAAAAAUAAAAAAAAGUCCCAUAAAUUUUUGAUUUAGAGAAAUAUUUAAAAACAAGUUUACUUAAAAAAAAAGAACAUUUUAAAUCUGGUCAGUCUGGAUGAAAUGACAGAUAAUUAAUAAGAGAACUCUUUACAAAAAUCCUUUUUAAUCUUUUUUUUUCUAAGUAAUCAAAAAUAUUUAUUUUUAAUUUGAGUGUUACCUUUAAAUUUAAAACUUUACAUCAAUGAGGAAAACGAGAACAUUUCCAAUAUUUUUAUUUUGUUUAGAAAUUUAACAUUUUGAG